CCUUUUUCUUCUUCAUUGUCUUAGUCUAUUCUACCAAAGAAGCUCUAUUUUUCUUUUGUAAUUUGAUUGUUUUUCUUUUCUAUUCUGAAAAAUUCUGAGCGUUUGAAUUGAUCUGAGAGAUGGCCGGAAAAGGAGACGGACCAGCGAUCGGGAUAGAUCUCGGGACGACGUACUCAUGCGUCGGAGUUUGGCAGCAUGACAGAGUGGAGAUCAUUGCUAAUGAUCAAGGGAACAGAACGACGCCAUCUUAUGUUGCUUUUACUGAUACGGAGCGUUUAAUUGGUGACGCUGCUAAAAAUCAGGUCGCCAUGAACCCUGUCAACACCGUCUUUGAUGCAAAGCGUUUGAUUGGUAGGAGAUACAGUGAUGCUUCUGUACAGAGUGACAUAAAGCUUUGGCCUUUUAAGGUUAUUGCUGGUCCUGGUGAUAAGCCCAUGAUUGUUGUUGCAUACAAGGGUGAAGAGAAACAAUUUUCUGCUGAGGAGAUUUCUUCUAUGGUCCUAAUUAAAAUGCGGGAAAUUGCUGAGGCUUAUCUUGGAUUAACAAUAAAGAAUGCAGUUGUGACCGUUCCUGCUUAUUUCAAUGACUCUCAGCGUCAAGCGACCAAGGAUGCUGGGGUUAUUGCUGGCCUUAAUGUUAUGCGUAUUAUCAAUGAGCCAACUGCUGCUGCUAUUGCUUAUGGUCUUGAUAAGAAGGCAAGCAGUGCUGGUGAGAAGAAUGUAUUGAUCUUUGAUUUGGGUGGUGGUACGUUCGAUGUCUCAUUGCUUACCAUCGAAGAGGGUAUCUUUGAAGUGAAGGCCACAGCUGGUGAUACUCAUCUUGGUGGUGAGGAUUUUGAUAACAGAAUGGUUAAUCACUUUGUGCAAGAGUUUAAGAGGAAGCACAAGAAGGAUAUCUCUGGGAACCCUAGAGCUCUUAGGCGGUUGCGAACUGCAUGUGAAAGGGCUAAGAGGACUCUCUCAUCUACUGCUCAGACAACUAUCGAGAUUGAUUCUUUGUACGAGGGUGUUGAUUUCUAUACAACUAUUACCCGUGCUAGAUUCGAGGAGCUUAACAUGGAUCUCUUCAGGAAGUGUAUGGAGCCUGUUGAGAAGUGUUUGAGGGAUGCUAAAAUGGACAAAAGCAGUGUAGAUGAUGUUGUUCUUGUUGGUGGUUCUACUAGAAUUCCUAAGGUGCAGCAAUUGUUGCAGGACUUCUUUAAUGGGAAGGAGCUUUGCAAGAGCAUAAACCCUGAUGAGGCUGUUGCCUACGGGGCUGCUGUUCAGGCAGCAAUUUUAAGUGGCGAGGGCAAUGAGAAGGUGCAAGAUUUGCUGCUCUUGGAUGUUACUCCCUUGUCUCUUGGGCUGGAAACUGCUGGAGGUGUUAUGACUGUUUUAAUACCAAGGAAUACCACCAUUCCCACAAAGAAGGAGCAGGUGUUCUCUACCUACUCUGACAACCAGCCUGGUGUCUUGAUCCAGGUUUAUGAGGGUGAGAGAGCAAGGACUAGGGACAACAACUUACUUGGGAAAUUUGAGCUAUCUGGCAUUCCUCCGGCACCAAGAGGUGUUCCUCAGAUCACUGUGUGCUUUGACAUUGACGCUAAUGGUAUCUUAAAUGUCUCUGCCGAGGACAAGACCACUGGCCAGAAGAACAAGAUUACCAUCACAAAUGAUAAAGGAAGAUUAUCCAAGGAAGAGAUAGAGAAGAUGGUACAGGAGGCUGAGAAGUACAAGGCUGAGGAUGAGGAGCAUAAAAAGAAGAUUGAUGCCAAGAAUGCUUUGGAGAACUACGCCUACAACAUGAGGAACACUGUGAAGGAUGAGAAGAUCAGCUCCAAACUUUCCCCAGAUGACAAGAAGAAGAUUGAGGAUGCCAUUGAACAGGCUAUCCAAUGGUUAGAUGCCAAUCAGCUCGCUGAGGCGGACGAGUUCGAGGACAAGAUGAAGGAGCUGGAGAGCAUUUGCAACCCUAUCAUUGCCAAGAUGUACCAGGGUGCUGGUGGUCCAGACAUGGGAGGUGGUAUGGAUGAAGAUGUCCCUCCAGCUGGUGGCAGUGGUGCUGGCCCUAAGAUUGAAGAAGUUGAUUAAGCUGCAGUGAGCACCAUAUGCGUCUAGUCAAUACAAUGGUUUUUUAGAUUUUGUGUUGUAAUUUUGAUGGGGCAGGUGGUGUUACCUUUGGGUGUCUUUCCGAGCGGGAGAGACUUCUAUUUGUUCGACUUGUAUUUUCGACAUCUGUUUAAGAUAUAUUGUCGUUCUUGGUUUCAGUUUUUUUUUUUUCUUUUUCCUCAAUGUGCAGUGUCUUUUACUUGUUUAACGGCAACGUUUUUGACA